AUGGUGGGACUUACAAUGCUUGAAAAGAAUGCGAAAGCCAAAGCCAUCUGCGAAUCCGGUGAAACCGACAAGUUGGAAGAGCUAAUCACCGAUUUUAUGUCCGAUUCCAACGACACGCGCUCCGACGCCAUGUCGAUUUUCGAAAUCUGCGCAAAUAAACCCGACCCACAUCUCUUCGCUAACAAGCUUUAUCGCGUGCUCUCCUCCUCCCACCUAGAUCUCAACUCAUGUACCAUUUCCGCCGACCUCCUUGGCAUGACUCUCGUCAAAAAAAAUUACGCGCCCUUCCGCCGUUUUCCUACCGAAACUCAAUCGACUCUAAAACUCGGUCUCUUGAAAUUAAUUGACACAUCCGUUGACACACCUACAAGACCAAUCAAUAAAGAACUCUGCCACACUGUAUCAGCGCUUGCAGCUUCUCUUUUACCUAAAAAAGAAUGGCCCGAAUUCUUACCCUUUUUAUUUCAACUUGUAAAAUCUGAUAAAGAGAGGGCGUUGUUGAUUGGUGCUCAUUUAGCAGAGGGACUGAAGGAGAUGCAUUCAGUUAACUUGAAUAAGGAGUUGCAUUCAGAUAUGUUGACAGCGAUGAUGUCUACGUUGAAGGCGUUGUAUAGUGGGAAUGAAACGAUAAAUUUGGCAGGAAUGAAGCGGACGUUUUUUAGGAAACAAAUUGUGGAGAUGGUGAAGACAAUAUUGCAGAUGGUCGAUGAUCAUAGUUUGGAGAAAGAGACGAGGCGUUUGGCCAUUGAAUUCGUUUUGACAUUGGUCCAGUUCGUUUUAACAUUGGCGGAGGUUGAGAGAACGACUCCCAGGCAGCUGAAACUUGGGACGGAGUUUGAAAUUAAUAUGGAGGAGACGUGGGACAAUAAUGAGGAGACGGAUAACUAUGGGUCUUGGCAGGGGUGUGUGGAUAUGCUAACGAAUUUGCCGUAUAGGAAUGGUAAUUGGACUGUUGCUUUGAAAGUGUUUCCGGCGUAUUUGGCUGCUCCUGAGGGGCAAAAGCGCACUCAUGCCGCACUCAUUGCGCUCUCAAAGAGUAUAAUUACAUGGAAUUGUCGGGAGUGUUUGUUAAAAGAGAUAGAAUGGGAUGUGCGUGUUGCAGCUUUGGGGGCCGCAAUUAAUUUCUCUCAGUGUUCGGACUUGUUGACUUCGAUGCUGUCCAUGUUGGAGAAAGUGUUGGAGGAUAGGGACGAAGCGAUGGCCGGCGAGGUGUUGGAGUUGUUGAUAGAGUUGGCGGAACCGAGGUUUUUGGUGGGGCAAAUUGAGGAGUGGGUGAAGAGAAUGUGGCAGAUUGCGAAUAAUGAUGGUUUGAACGUAGGGACGAGGCGUUUGGCCAUUGAGUUCCUUUCGAAAUUGGUGAAGGUCGAGGAGAUAGCGCCUUGGCUGCAGCAGAAUGUGAGGGAGUUGUUUGAAAUUUUGAUGAAAAUGUUGGAUUAUAUUAAUGAUGAUGAUCAUAAUGCGGAUUAUGUGUCUGCAUGGGAGAGAAGUAAUCAUUGGCGUUGGAGGAGAUGUUUGGAUAUGCUGUUUAUUGCGACGCGUAGGAAUGAUAUGUUUUCUAUUGUUUUGGAAGUGUUACGGGCGUAUUUGAAAGCUGCUGAGUGGCAAAAGAAGUAUAACGCAUUCAUUGUGCUCGCACAGAGUAUAGAGAUUUGCCGUGAGGUAUCUGAGCUUUGCUUUUUAUAA